UUAGGUCAGUAUGGUUAAUUCACCGGUACUGGUGGGGGACUGCCGCUGACAAGAAUUUAGAACCAGUUUGCCUGUUUGUUAGAUUCUGCUGUCAGUUUCAGUUUCAUUUUUCCUGCAACGUGAACAGAAUCUCUUCGAAAAGUCAUCAACAUGUCUUCAAAAUCUACCAAAGUCAUUAAUUUUGGUGCUGGACCAGCAAAACUUCCUGAAGAGGUGAUUGAGGAAGUUCAGAAAGGAUUUCAUUCAUUUGGAGAUACAAAUAUCAGUAUUGUGGAACUCAGUCAUCGAUCAAGUGAUUUUAAUAAAAUCAUAAAUGAUGCACAGGCAACAUUACGAGAAAUACUUGACAUUCCAUCGAAUUACAAAAUUUUAUUCAUGCAAGGAGGAGGCACAGGAAUAUUUGCAGCAAUUCCUCUGAAUAUGAUGAAAACUGGAACUGCAGAUUAUUUCGUAACUGGUUCAUGGUCAUCAAAAGCUGCAAAGGAAGCAGCGAAAUAUGGAAAAGUGAAUUUGGUUCUUCCAAAGACUAGCUCUUAUGUGGAAAUUCCGGAUUCCUCGAGCUGGAAUCUGGAUCCAAAUGCAUCCUAUGUUUAUUAUUGCGACAAUGAGACAAUUCACGGUAUUGAGUUCAACUUCAUUCCUGACACUAAAGGAGUUCCUCUCGUUGCCGAUAUGUCGUCAAAUAUUUUGACAAAACCAAUAGAUGUUUCAAAGUUUGCAGUGAUUUAUGCUGGAGCGCAAAAAAACAUUGGUCCAGCAGGUGUGACGUUAGUAAUUAUACGAGAGGAUAUUAUAGGCCAUGCAAUGUCAGUUUGUCCAUCGAUACUCGAUUUUGCAGUGAUGGCCGAGAAUAAUUCCAUUUAUAAUACACCUCCAACAUUCCAAAUUUACUUUGUCGGCAAAGUUUUCAAAUGGAUUCAAAGAAAUGGAGGAGUGAAGGGAAUGGAGAAAAAGGCUGUAGAAAAAAGCAAGAGAAUUUAUGAUAUUAUUGAUAAUUCUCAAGGUUUUUAUGUUUGUCCGAUUAAAAAGGACUGUCGCAGUAGAAUGAAUGUGCCAUUUAGAAUAAAAAAUAAUGACGAAUUAGAAAAGGAAUUUUUGACUGGUGCCAGUGAACGUGGCAUGUUGCAACUGAAAGGACACAGAUCAGUUGGCGGAAUUCGUGCUUCCCUUUACAAUGCGGUAACAAUUGAGGAAGUCGAAAUUUUGGCUUCGUACAUGAAAUGGUUUCAAGAAUCGAAGCAGUAAAUUUUCUUUCAAGUAAAAAUCAAGUGUUACAAGUGCAAUUUGAAAAUAAAAAAAACAGACUCUGAAGAGAAUACUUUGUUAUUUAAAGUAUUUAAUUUGAAAUGGGUUUCUUUCCCAUUAUAAGGAUUAUUGUACAUACAUUUUUUUUUACGAAAAUCAAAAAUUUAGAUAUAUGAAAAUAUGUUUAUUUUAUUUUGUACGGAUCUUUAUAAUCAACGAAUAUAUCACUUGUUUUAAAUAAUA